AUUGUCAAUGUGCCGCGUAAUGUACGCAUACCGACUUUGGCGCAGCGCAUAAAUACUAGCGGACGCACACAGCACGCGUCACAGCCAAGCCCACAAAAGCAUCACAAUAGCAAAACACCGACUACUCAAGGGAAAUCCAUGGCCUCUGCCGCGCUCCUCGUCCUCCUCGCCCUGGCCACCAUGCAGGCGCAGACCACGUCGUCCGAGAAGGAGACGCACCUCAAGGUGUACUGGCACGACGUGGUGAGCGGACAAGACCCGACAUCGGUGCCGGUGGCGCGCGCGGCCACGACCAACACCUCCAAGUCGGCCUUCGGCGUCGUCAUGGUCAUGGACAACUCACUCACAGAGGGGCCGAGCCUCGACUCAUCCAGGCUCAUGGGCCGCGCCCAGGGCACGUACAUCGCCGCCGGCAAGGACCAGCUGGCGCUGCUCAUGCUCAUGAACUUCGUCUUUACCGCCGGAAAGUACAACGGCAGCAGCAUCGCCAUUGUGGGUCGCAACGCCGUGUUUACCGAGGUCCGUGAGAUGGCUGUCGUCGGUGGUACCGGCGUGUUCAGGUGGGCACGCGGGUACGCGCAGGCCAGGACGCAUACCUUAGACCUCAAGACCGGCGACGCCACCGUCGAGUACAACAUAUUCAUCAGGCACUAGUCUCGGCCGUUGUCAAAAUUUACUUUUGAAAACGGGUUUGCUAUUUCACAUCUAAAUGUGAAAUACUUAUCUCACAUCUAAAUCUAGAACAGUUGAUAUUGUUUGUCUUUAAUUUUCGUGCAAACAUGAUCGUCUCGCCUGGCGCACCCGUUC